AUGUCAAAGUACUCUGUCCUUGGUAAUGAUUCACAGCUGCGGUCUUCCGAUGUAGGCAACAUGCUUUCCCUUGACGAAUAUAUCAACAAGACUUUACCAUUACAUCUCAAGGAAUUACUUCUAGACAACCUUAAGAAACAAAAGCUAAUACCGAAUAAUAUUGCUAUCGAUGAAGAUAUUUUGUUAAAUCCUGAACUUCUUCCAAUAUUCAACGAAUCUUUACUGUCAAGCUCGACAGCAAUCCAUUCACCGACAUUAUCUAUCGCCUCACCUUCUUGGUCCUUCGCACAGGGUUUCAUUAUUGGUCAAAUAAGUAUAAUAAUGCUAUUGAUUUUUUUCAUCAAAUUCUUUAUUUUCUCUGAUACACAACCUAAAGAUCGAGUUUUAGCAAAUACAACUUCCAAAUUAUCUAUUCUGUCGAUAUUCAAAAGAGGGGAUAAUAGCAAUUCCAUUGAGCAAGAUGGUGUCGUACCCUAUAAUACCGAGAGAGUGAAUGAUUCGAAUGAUGAACAAACAACAAUUAUUAGCACCAUACUAGAAAAGACAUAUUAUGAUGUAACUAGCCAUGAUCCUGAAUCAUUAGACUGGUUUAAUGUUUUAAUUGCACAGAUUAUUGAGCAAUUCCGUAACGAACUCUGGUUGGAGAAGGAAGGUAUACUAAACUCUUUGAAUGAGUAUUUGAAUACCCGGAAAGAAUUAUCUGAAUACUUGGGCCCAAUUACAAUAACCGAAAUAGAUAUUGGUAGUGAUUUUCCUAUCUUUUCGAACUGUAGAGUCAACAUUGUAUCUAACUCUGUGGGAAAGAAGAAUCUACAAGCAAGAAUCGAUAUUGAUUUGAAUGAUCGGUUGGCCUUUGGAUUGGAAACCAAUUUAGUUUUAAAUUUCCCUAGACCCAGUAUUGCGACUCUACCAAUUAAAAUAAAUGUGGCGAUAAUAAGAUUUCAAGGUUGUUUAAACAUUUCUUUGACAACUGCAGAAGAAUUUUCCUCUAAAGAAUGUAAUUCUCAAUAUAAUGCAAGCACUGACAAGAGCACAGAUAGAGCUAAUGAAAGUACUGGUUAUUAUUUGGUGUUUUCAUUUUCUCCGGAAUAUACAAUGGAAUUUGAUAUUCACUCUAUGAUUGGUUCUAGGUCUAAAUUAGAGAAUAUCCCGAAAAUCUCCUCUUUGAUAGAGUAUCAAAUUAAAAAAUGGUUUGUUGAACGUUGUGUAGAACCACGGUUCCAAUUUGUGAAGUUGCCGAAUUUAUGGCCAAGAAGUAAAAAUACCAGAGAAGAAAAAACGUCGCAAAUGGAUGCUGUAAAUAAAGAAAACUCGUAA